UUUUGUGGUAGUCCCUAAAGUGCUUUAGGCUAUGCAUGUUCCUCUUUACUAGCCACGCUUGAGCGCCCUUUUGUUAGGAUAUCAGCAUCCUCUCACAGUGUGAAAGACCGUGUUUAAACGAAGAGAAAGGCGUUGUGUUUUUCAAUAGGCUUUAUAACAAUCACGGGCUGGCAAAGGUUAUUCUUUGCAGUCUGUGAUUACCUUGGAAUAGCGUUGCAUGCUUAUGGAAAGUGGAGUAUUCCUGGACCUGGGCUAUAUUUGAAGCUACAUAAGAAUCAUGGCUGUUGUCUGCAAGUCCGGUGGAUUUUUCUAUGUGGAUUAUGGAAGUGGUAGUGAUAGCGUCAUUGAAGAUGAUCGUGGUCAUGAUACUGACGAUGAUUAUGAUGAUGAUGACGAUGAGGAUGAUGAAGAGGAGGUGUGUUCAGCAGGCCUAGGACAAGGCGGGUUUUUCAUCAAGAAUGGCAAGUACUACUGUGCCUCGGAUUACCAGGACAACUAUGGCACAAAGUGCAAGGCUUGCGGACAGUAUCUUGAAGGAGAGGUGGUGACAGCCCUUGGCAACACCUACCACAAGUAUUGCUUCGUCUGUGCAAGAUGCGGGCACGCCUUCGUUGGGGGUGAGGAUGUCUCCUAUGACCCGGUCACCAACUGCUGUCUGUGUCUCCAGUGCCAGCGUAUCACCGAGGCUACAGGGGUUCCGCUACCUCCAGGAGAGAAAGUCACGUACGAUGGAAAGGACGUCAUGUGCGACACCUGUAAUGUUCCAGGAUUGUCGAACGACAAACGGAAUAGGGAAACCCAGAGCAAGGCCAACGGAAUCAUCCCGGAGAAAGCUAGAGAAACGUCAUCUUACCCAGGAGCUAUCAGAUGUGCCCAGUGCAACGAUGACAUCACACAAGGACAAGCCUUAGUUGCUCUGGAUAAACACUGGCACGUCUGGUGUUUCAAGUGUCACAAAUGCAAAAAGGUCUUAACAGGAGAGUACAUGGGGAGGGAUGGACAGCCGUAUUGUGAACGAGAUUUCCACCAGUUAUUUGGAGUCAAGUGUUCAAGAUGUGAUAACUUCAUCACAGGGAAGGUCCUUGAGGCUGGAGAUCAUAAAUACCAUCCGACCUGUGCUAAGUGUGGAAGAUGUGGAAACCACUUCAAUGAAGGAGAAGAUAUGUUUGUACAAGGAACAGAAAUCUGGCAUCCAGAUUGCACGAAAGGAAGGGCAUUAGGUUUCUUCCCCUCAAGAAUUAAGGAGAACGCUAUUUUAUUUGAUUAUAAUAGAGGAAAAUCACAGUCCACCCCAGCCUCCCCUGUCCUAGCGAGGGGGCACUUCCACACCCCUACCCACCUGUCCUCUCCAUCCCGUCGGUCCUCCAACAGCCUUAGUCCUCAGAGUCCAGACUACAGCUACACCUAUCUAUCGCCCUUCUCCCUCUCCAACACCAUCUAUCCCAAGCCAGUGGCGGUCAGUCCAGAGGCACCGGUCAGUCCACAUUUCCACAGACCAGAAUAUGUAAACAAUGGUGAAGAAUUUUCGUACAUGUCGCCUCCGCGAUAUGAUCUUCCCCCUCCACGUCCGGGUGGCUACAGGAGAAGACCACGCCCCCACAGUGCUUUUGAUGCCCUCAGACCAAAGGUCAAACCAGUGAAGGAUGAAGCCUUAUCAGCUGAAAUGGUCAGACAAUCCAAGUUCCCGUCUGCCAAGAAACCCAGUCCAAGCCAACCAGCGAAGAUUGAGAGUGAGAUAUGGCCUGGACCACCAGCAUUUGCUAAGUAUCAGUUUCACUCCAGGAGUAAGUCAAUGGGUGAUCUACAUAACAGUGAUGAGGAGGAAGAAAAGCAGAUUGAUGCUGAGGUUUCAAAGGUAGAUUCAGCGUUGGGUAAGGAGAUCUUAAAAGCCGAAUUAAAACAGAGAAAAAUCAGUAAUCUUGACCCUCGGAGUGCCUCCAGAACACCUUCAGCUAACAAAGAACUUCCCAUCAGUCCAAGGCAUGAAUCUUCUAUGGAUGCAGUGGCUUUGAGACAUCGAAAAUGGAGAGAAAAUAUGAUGAUGACACCGCCCAGAAGCUCAACACUUCCACCAAAUCUAAGAUAUGAAAGCCUGAACGAAGCUUACAGGAAAGCAAAUUCUCUUCCAAUGAACGCUAGGAGUGGGUCGUGGUAUAGCGAUGGCAAUUCUGAAGGCUACAUAUCCAACGGCUAUGCAAGCAGCGGAGAGCUUUCUCCCAGACUGGCCAACAUGAAUGACCGUCAGCUUCGGACGUUGAGGAUCACCACCGGUCAAUCUAUGCCUUCAAUGGAGCCUAAGGUACCUAGAUCAGCUAAGGCUGUAAGGAUCGCUGCUCCUAAAUAUAAGUCCACCCCAAAGGGUAGGCCUGUAGGUCGUAGGGUCAAAGUGCAACUCUAUCCCCUCGAGGUACUUCUAACCACCAACUACAGACUACCGAAGGAUGUGGACAGAAAACAUUUAGAGUACCAUUUGUCAAAUGAAGAUUUCUUCCGAGCCUUUGGGAUGACUUUUGAAGACUUCCAUGCCUUGCCUCUGUGGAAACAGACAGUAUUCAAGAAGAAUGCCUUGCUCUUCUGAUCGUCCAGAUAUUCAGCAGACUUGAUGUUAGAGUACUUCAAAACUGAGGAGAACAAUAUCCCGGACACCCACCAUCUUAGAUAACAUGAUUAGGAUGGAAAGAACAUAUUCAUGUGGCUGAAUAGAACCAA